AUAAAUCUCAUAUGCAUUGCUAUUGCUGCGUCUAUACCCAUCAUCUGAGGUUUCUUUUCGACCAUCAUGUCGUUUCAACUCUCCAUUGACCCCGUUAGACCUGCAGAAUUCCCUGUUGAGGAAACUAUCGUUGAGCUUGGUCGUCAAGUAUUAGAGUCCACCGAUUCUUGGAAAGCAGGCAAAACCUUUUCAAAAGGCACUGUCCAAACACUUUCUCGCGCAAAGGGACCAGGAGACGGAGCCCCUUGGCAUUGCAGAGUUUCCAAUCACGCCAAGAAGGAUGCGACGUUCGAUGAGUUUUGGAGCAAAAUUGGCACUAACAAAGCUGAGAACGAGAAGGAGUUCAUCGCUGCGAUCAAGAAAGUGACGCUAGUCAAGCGAAUCUCAGAGACUCAGUCCAUCUGGACGAUGUACUACACUUUCCCUCCCCCCGUUUCUCCGCGUGUCUUCACUGUGUUGCAAACAAUACACUUUCGCGAGUCAGCUCCAAGGACUGGCUUGGUGGUUUCAAUUCCAGUUGAUUUGUCCGGGCCAGGUGACGAAGAUCUUGCCAAACUUGAAGAGAAAGGCACAAAGGGACGAUAUGUCUCCGUCGAACGCUUGCUCGAGUUGGAUGACGGCACAGUAGAGUGGCGAAUGGCGACGUCCAGCACACCUGGAGGAAGUAUUCCGACUUUCAUCACGGAGGGCAGUAUGCCAGGCCAAAUAUCUGCGGAUGUUCCGCACUUCUUAAAGUGGUUCCAUACCGUUCGCAAUCAAGGAACUGCGUAACUCGAUAGUUGAAAUCAGACCGGACAGUAUAUCGGACAAUAGAUGAGCAAAUACAUGCGUUUAUUCAAAGGCGAGAGAUAUGGUUGAACGUUCUGCAUGCGUGACUGUUGUGCGAACUUAACACAAUCUACACAAU